UCCAGUGGAGCCUGCUCCGCUUCUUCGUGGCAAAUACGCAAACACCUCUCCAGGAAACAGAAUAUUCAAAAUUUUUGAUUCCCUUCAACAAAUUAAUCAGACACCAUACAUACACACUGAGGAACCCUAGGACUUAUCCAAUUGAGUCAAUUUCGAGUUGAAGAUUAAUGGAUAAAGUGGAAAUCCCGGAAGUGGUGCUCAACUCCGGCCACAAGAUGCCGGCAAUAGGCUUGGGAACUGGAGGAUCUCCGGCUCCAUUGACUGAGCAGUUUCCACCUCUUGUCGAAGCGAUCGCCGCCGGGUACCGCCACAUCGACACGGCGGCACACUACGGCACAGAAGAAAUUGUUGGGCAAGCCGUGGUGGAGGCGUUGAACCGCGGCCUGAUUAAGAGCCGCGACGAACUUUUCAUCACCACCAAGUUAUGGUGCACCGACGCCGAUCAUGAUCUCGUCCUGCCUGCCCUCCACGAAUCGCUUAGGAAGUUGGGAUUAGAGUAUGUGGAUCUGUAUCUGAUACAUUGGCCGAUAAGGAUGAAGAAGGAUGAUACUGAUUCCAUCAAGACACUCCAUUUUGAUAUAAAGGGUACUUGGGAUGCCAUGGAAGAGUGCUGUAGGAUGGGUUUGGCCAAGUCUAUUGGUGUCAGCAACUACAGCUGUGCUAAGCUCUCUACACUCCUGCAAUAUGCCACCAUCCCUCCUGCUGUCAAUCAGGUUGAAUUGAAUGUUGCUUGGCAGCAACCGAAGCUGAUGGAGCUUUGCAAAGACAAAGGAAUCCAUGUUUGUGCAUUCUCUCCACUGGGAGCAUAUGGAUUCCACUGGGGUACUAAUGCAGUGAUGGAUAGUCCGAUCCUUAAGGACAUCGCAGCAGCUAAAGACAAGACCGUCGCACAGGUUGCAUUGAGAUGGGUACGACAAGAAGGAGCGACCCCAAUCGUGAGGAGCUUGAAUAAGGAGAGGAUGAGGCAAAACCUUCAAAUAUUCGACUGGGAAUUGACAAAUGGAGAAGUUUGCCGAAUACAGCAGAUCCCGCAACAGAGAGCCUGCACAGGGAAGGAGGCUGUGAGUCCAGAUGGACAAUACAAAUCAUUGGAAGAACUUUGGGAUGGAGAAAUCUGAAUUUUUGCUGUUGUUUUUUGUUUGUGAAAUGUAACCUAUUUUGAGAUUUCUGGAAAAUGCAUUCACAGUUUAUUUGCACUCC